CCCAUAGUCCCAUAGUCGUACCUCGUGUCUUGCCUGACCCGGUCAAUCCCUUCCCUUCUCCCCCUCCCUAUAUAUUUUUCACAUUCUCCCCUCCACUUCUCUCCCCAACACAAUCAUCUCUAUCUCUUUCUCUCCGCUUUUCACAAAUAUAACGUAUCGAGAUUAUUUUAAAUGGCGAUGAAGGAUAAAUCUAAGUUGGCUAAACGUAGUGCCGCGAGUGAUGUGAAGGAGGUCCAUUACAGAGGCGUGCGAAAGAGGCCGUGGGGCCGUUACGCCGCCGAAAUACGUGAUCCGACCAAGAAGACACGCGUCUGGCUAGGCACUUUCGACACAGCCGAAGAGGCGGCGCGUGCUUAUGACACGGCUGCUAGAGACUUCCGUGGUCAUAAAGCAAAGACUAACUUCCCUUCGUCUUCCGCCUACGUCAACACUCUUCAUAGUCCGUGCAAUAGUAGCACUGGCGACAUGCUUACUCACGCUCCUCUCGGACUUGAACUCACGCGCCACCACUACCAGCCGCCGGUGGGAUAUCAUCAGGCGAGUCAGGUCAUGAUGUAUGACUACGAGGCUUUUCUCCGAUCAGGUAUGGCCUAUCCGGUGAGAUUGUCUCCGGUGAGAAUCGACGGAGGUUCGUGUAGUGGUUCGGAUUCGUCGUCGGUUGUGCAAGGGAAUGAUUGUACACAAAAUGAUGCGACUAUAACUAGCAAGCAAACAGUAAGAAAAGCUUUGAAUCUUGAUCUUAAUUUAGCUCCUCCUCUGGAGGAAGAUCAGUGAAGGGCGUCAAGCUAGAGUAUGUUAAAUCUACAUGAAAUUUCGUGUGUGUAUAUAUGUAAUAGUAUAUCUCAAGAAUUCUGAUGCUUUUCACAAUAUUACUCUGCUUGUAACACUUUUAAUUUAGAUAAUUACAACAACAGAAUGGCCGCAUUUGAUUCAUUUUUACUA